GUUCCGGCGUAGAAACUACUGGAACGGCCGUCCCCGCCCCAACAUGCGAGGGAUCUGGAGCCAAGUGUUUACCCUAGCGGUAUUACAAAUCGCUCUAGUGACGGGCAAGGCGCUUAUACCACAAGAACAACAAGCCCAACAACAGUUGGAACCGAAGUCAGCUUCGAGCAAUGUAGCCCAGAAGCGUGUAGGCUAUGAUUACCCCGCCCCGCCUCUGGAUCUCGUGAACCCUUACCAAGAUCACGACGAUCUUCAUGUUCACGGAGAUCAUCAUGAGGUGAUAGACCAUCACGAAGAUCAUGACCAUCACGGUGAUGACUUCCACGACCAUCAUGAUCACCAUGAUCUGCAUGACCACCAUGAUCACCAUGAAGAGCAUCACGUAGAGGAACACCAUGAGGAACAUCAUGAUCACCACGACCAUCACGAUCCCGGUUACUGGAAAAAGAAACUGAUCUGGAAGCCCGGCUGGAAGAAGAUAUGGAAGCCAUCCAAAAAACAAAUAUGGAAACCAUCAUCGAAGAAAAUAUGGAAACCUAUAUGGGUACCUACCAAAGUUCCCGUUUGGAAAGACAUCAAAGUACCCGAUUGGAAAAAAAUUUAUAAACCAGUAUGGAAACCUAUCAAAGUACCGGCAUGGAAAGAAGUGAAAGUUCCAGAUUGGAAGAAAAUUCAAGUUCCAGUUUAUAAAGAUAUAGUUGUACCUGGCUGGAAAGAUAUUCAAGUACCUGCAUGGCGCAAAAUAUGGGUGCCAGAAUGGGUCAAAGUAGGUGUGCCUGGAGAAAAGUACCUCGGUAAAGACCACGACGGUUGGGAAUAUACGUCACACGAUCUAUGGAAGAAGAAAUUAAUUUGGAAACCUCUUUGGAAGAAAUAUUGGAAACCAGCUAAAAAGCAAAUUUGGAUACCGGACAAGAAAUUGGUAUGGAAAGAUGAGUGGAAGCAGAUUUGGAAGACAGAAAAGAAGCAAAUUUGGGUAGACGACAAAAAGUUAAUCUGGAAAGAAGCUUGGCAACAGAUUUGGAAACCCUCCAAGAAACUGAUCUGGGUUCCAGACAAAAAAUUGGAAUGGAAGGAAUCCUGGAAGCAAAUAUGGAUCCCGGACUGGAAGGACAUUUGGGUGCCGGGAAUUAAGAAAAUAUGGCGACCAGUUUGGAUUUCAGAAUGGUUCCCAUCACCGGAUCACCAUGAACACGUUCAUGAAUCUCACGGUUGGGACAGAAGUGAUAAUAGCGCAGCAUCCAGCCAAAAAUCGGUGACAGUGAAGAAAGCUCCUCAGCAAACGAGCCCUCAACAACCUACACAGUCAACGUGGCAGUUCCCGAAAUAAUUAACUUAAUUUAAAGUAUUUGGUUUUAUAUAAUUGUCAAAAAUGUUCGCAGAAUCAUAAGCAAUAAGAGCGGUCACGUGCGACGGAAUCACGUCUGGAUUAUAGGUAAAUGCCUAAUUGAAAUUGCAAAACGCUCUGCGAAACUAAUUAGUAAAUAUUGCGAUUGUUUCUAUGAACUGCGAACAUUUGUUAUUGUUACAAGUAACUAUUAAAAUCGAGAUUGAUAGCGUUGCAAAAGAGGAGUAUUGAAGCUUUAACUGAAUUACGUAAUGUUCUAUUGAAAAAUUUUUUUACAUAUAGUAUCUAUGACAUAUACCUUAUCUAAAAUUUCAACCUUAUUAAUAUAAAGAGUAAAAAUGGUAAAGCUUGUUGAAAUCGGAUUACGGUGAGAAUCAGUAAAUGUAAAGAGCCAUUGAAGUCAGUUACGUUAUAAAGUUGAAAUUGCUUUGUUUUGCCUUGUCAAUGGUAAUUCUGACACUAUGACAAUAGUAAUUUGACAAUUUCCUCGCAAUCGCUCGAAAUGAUGUAAUUUACUUUACUCGUGAUGGUGCCCACUGAUGUUUUGUGUUUUGUUGUUCUUAGUGUGUGUGUUUCUAGUUGUUGUUAUUGAGUACUUUAAUUUUAAGUGAAUUUAAAUAGAUAUAGCUGAACCAAUGAAAUAAAUAUAAGUUUUGUUAUAUUCUUA